AUGUUUGACAUUUGGCCUCGAGAUGACGUCUUCUGGCAUUACCACUUAGGAAUGACUUUUUUGUCUUUCCUUCAAUGGGAUGACUUCUUUCUCUUUCUUUUCUCGGAGGGACAUCAACGCCUUUCCUUCUUGUUACGUGUCAUUUAUUGUUCUUCCUUAUUAUGGAUGACUUCUUUGCCUUUCUAUCCUAAGGAUGACAUAUUUUUCUUUCCUUAUCUGGGAAUGAUAUGUUUUUCUUUCCUUCCAUGGAUGACUAUUUUGGUGUCUUCGUUGGACAUUCCUUCCUCGGUACGACAUUCUUCUCUAUUUCUGGAUGACUUUCCAGUCACCCAUCUUCGACAUUCUUCUCUUUUUUUGAAUGACUUUGAAGUCACCCUUCAUCGUGAUGACUUCUUUUAUCAUUCCUAUGUUGAGGAAAAGUCUUCGUAUUUCUUUCCAUGGGAUGACUACUUUUGUUUCUCCUUCAUCAAGGUGCCUUAUUUGCUCUUGCCUUCCUGGGUACGAUAUUCUUCUCAUUUUCUGGAUGACUUUCCAGUCACCCUUCUUUGUGUUGACUUCUUUUAUCAUUCCUAUGUUGAUAAACGUCUUUGCAUUUCUUUCCUUGGAAAGACUACUUUGGUUUUUCCUUCAUCAAUAUGUCUUCUUUGCUCAUCCUUCCUCAGUACGACUUUCUUCGCUUUUCUGAAUGGCUUUCCGGUCAGCCUUCUUCGUGAUGACAUCUUUUAUCAAUCCUAUGUUGAGGUAACGUCUUUGUAUUUCUUUCCUUGGAAUGAUUACUUUUGUUUUUCCUUCAUCAAGAUGUCUUCUUUGCUCUUUCCUUACGCGGUACGACAUUCCUCUAUUUUUCUGGAUGAUUUUCCAGUCACUCUUCUUCCUGAUGACAUCUUUUAUCAUUCAUAUGUUGAGUAA